AGAUGUUGAGUUCACUAUCUGGUCAUAUGAUCCGGUGGUGUCAAUUGGAGACAAGCUUCCUUGAUUGAUCAAAAUGCCUACGUUCUUUAAAAUUUCUACUGAGAAUAAGUGUAUUAAGUCACUACUAAAGAAAAAGAAAUAGAUUCUGUUCGUUGAAAAGAAAUUUCCCAGUAGGACUGCGCCGUGGGAAGCACGUACAUUAGCAUAAAAAGUUCGAUGCUUGAAACAGACGUGGGAUAUAAAACGAACGAUCUCAAUCUCAGUGAUAGUUGCCUAUUUUAGGACAUGAAAAAACACCGCUUUAUGGAAAGCCCAACAUGUAUGUCACGGACCUAAAAAUUCUGGCCUCGCUGUUCAUAACGUGUUUUGGCGUUAUUUCGACAAUCGGGCAGCAAUGCGAUGAUGCAACUAGUCACUGUUCUCAGUGGCCGGGCAGUCACUGUCGAAAAUAUCGCAUUUAUAUGAAGAAAUACUGCCCCAAAAGAUGUGGAUAUUGCGGUACAACAGGAGCAGUAGAUUGCUCUGACAAACGGCGAAGUUGUCAAAAAUGGAAGAGUUAUGGGUAUUGUAAUCACGGUCAUAUUUAUCACACUUACAUGAAGAUCAACUGUGCAAAUACAUGUGGAUUUUGUGGGUCAUGCUUUCUAACAAAGAAACUUAAGUCGUGUACUUUUGAUUUGGAUUCUUGCGACUUUGUGGAUGUGCCCUUUACUGACGAUCAUGACUUCGUUUUAAAAUCCAGUGGUGGACAGGAUGGCAAAGGCUAUUUGUCAUCGUCUGGAUAUGGCUCUGCUGAACUCAUAGUACCACUGGAGUUACUUGUCCCUUAUAAUGAAGAUCUUGGUAAUCUUUGCAUGGAGUUUUAUUACAGAAUCAGACGAGGAUCACUUAAAGUUUUCCAAGUCACCAAUACUAAGAACUACGUAAAAUCACUUAAACUCCAUUUGACCGAUACACGUGGAUCAUGGACAAAGGCGAGGAUGUAUUUCAGAGCAUCUCAGAAAUAUCAUCUCUUAUUCAAGGCGACGCCAAAAUCUGGAUCUGUACACAUUGACAACGUUCAAUUCUGUGGUAAAUGCAGCUAAACGCUGCAUUGCUCGGACAGUUCGUACAUACUUUCGAUUUUGUUUUUGCUCUUAAUUACAAGUAUAUGAUAUUAUUAUGGCUAUGGCUAAAGAUCUCUGAUACACUGACUGUCUAUAAUAAUAUAGUUGGAUUUCUUAUGACGACACUGACGCAAUCUUCGUUGAAUUCGGCAAGAAAAAUUUUUCUCGUUUAAAAUUAAAAUUUCCUCCAACAUGGCGAAAAUCUUUUUGUCCUUUUGACUCCAAGCCAACUAUAUUCGUUGCAAGCCAACUGUACUAAUCACUUUGCACGUGAAUUGAGUAGCAGAACUUCUGGAUUGAUUAACUCCACGAAUGAUUUUACGCCUGUCAAAAGAAAUGCUAUUGGUUUUUCAACUUGAGAAUUGUAUUCAUUCCAUUUAGGUAUAAACAUUUUAAUGUAAUUAAUAAUGGAAAAUUUCAAUCCAAAUGACUGCCCGAAAUAAAUUAUAUCUGUACUUUA